AUGCCUGGACAGGAUUGUUGGGCUGAAGCGGGCAAAGGUGGUAUUCAUCUUUUAGUGCUGCGCUUGCAAAAAUAUACAACCGCAACCUGUUGUAUGGGCGUACCGGGCCUUUGGAAGUUAUUAGAACCUUGUAGUAGACCUAUAAAUAUAAAUAAGUUAUCUGGUUGUACCUUAGCUGUCGAUAUAAGCAGCUGGCUUUACCAAUAUAUAAAAGCUCUAAGAGAUGAAGAAGGUGAACUGAUUAGAAAUGCUCACUUGCUCGGGCUAUUUCGUCGCUUCUGCAUUCUAAUCUACCAUAAUAUAAAGCCCAUAAUGGUAUUUGAUGGCCCUCCACCUGCUAUUAAGAGAAAAAUACUUGAAUCCAGGAAACUUUUUAGAGAAAGAAGCGAAGAAAAUUUGCGAAAGACGGCUGAACGGUUAUUCCGGAAUCAGCUUCGUUCUUACGCCCUGGCUCAAGUUACCGGCGGAAAUAUAGAUAUAAAUAAAUUUUACAAAAGCAGCAACGACCAUGAUCUUUUUAUGAUUCCUGAUAAUUCUAAACAAGAUAUUCAGAUAAAUCAUAGCUACAGGAAUGAUGGAUUUGAUAGUGAUCUUUCUGAAGCUGAUACUCGAAUUAGUUUGCUCAGUGGCCGUGAAAAACGUCUUUAUCGAGAUGAGUUUAAAAAUUAUAAGUUACCAGAAAAGUUUAUGCGUUUUAUUGAAAGCAACUCUUCUAACAACACGGACUUUGAUUCCGUGGAAUUCGAUAAUCUUACCUAUGAAGAACAGCACGAGGUGUUGAUGGAGAUUCAAGAGCGCCAGAAACGCUGGACACGUUAUGCUAACCCUGAAACUGUUAAAAAUCUAAAGCCUUCCCCAUUAGAUUUCUCGCAAAUGCAACUUCAACGUUUGUUAAAGAAAAAUGAGAUUUCUCGGAAGAUAGAUUACGUUCGUGCGAAGAUGCAAGACUCUGGGGGAUUCUUGCAUGUGGCUGGUGAAGAGGCGCUCAUGUACCAGUACAAGUCUAGUGAAAGUGAAAGCGAAAGUGAGGAGGUCAUCUUGGAGGAGAGCACAACACCUGGCAGCCCCGUACUUGAAAGAGACGCUUUUUCAGAAGAUACCGAAUCCUCCAGUUUUAAUAAAAGUUUUUCAUCCUCCUCAUCUGGUGAAGAAGAUGAAGUUUUACAACGCAGUAGGAGCCCGCCACCUCCUGCGGAAACCUUACGGAAUUCAAGCAAACUUUCUGAUUAUAUAGAGAAGGGGUCUCUUGAGAUCACCAUAUCGAUAGAGGGGAAACCUGCGGCAGUCAUUGCCAAUCUUCAAAGUAUCGAAAGUGAUACUAGAAACAGUUUGGUGGGCAACUUCUAUGAUCCUAACGUGAAAUGUGAGGAUGGCUCUUCUUCAUUUACUGCUUCUCGAUUGGAUACCUCUUCAACCGUCCGGCCUUUGGCAAAACCGCAGAGGGAUUCUUUGGAAGAACAAAGCGCUGCCUGUACAACAGUUUUUCCUGCUGACGAAAAAGAUCAGAGCCCUUCCCCUCCUACCUGCGAGAGCUUGCCACUAGAGUGCAGAGAGUCUUCUUCUACUGUAAACGAUAAGCGCAGCCUUGAGCAUAAUUACUUGAUCCGUUUACUAGAGGACAACGAGGGUCUGAGCGAUAACGAGGCAGCAGCAGGCGUAACGUCUACUUUGACCGUUGAGGACUUUGCGUUUUUAGAAAUGAAAUGGAGCAACGAAUACGAUGAGCUUAAGCAUGAAAAGGAUAAACAUGAACGAGAUUCCAGCAGCCUUACAGUAGACAUGAUCAAUGACGCCAAAGAGCUUUGUAGUCUUUUUGGAGUUCCAUGGAUCAACUCACCAAGCGAGGCGGAGGCGCAGUGCGCAUACCUUAACACAGCUGGCGUUUGUGACGGAGGUCAAACCGUGUUUCGUCACUUUUUUAGUAGAGAACACAAUCCUGAAAUAUAUAGCGUAAAAGACAUUGAAGAGCAACUUCAUAUCAACCGAAAAGACUUGAUUGACAUUGCCAUUCUCUCCGGAAGCGACUACACUCCAGGAAUAUACGGAGUAGGUCCGGUGACUAGCAUCGAGAUUCUGAGUGAGUUUAAAUCACUUGGCGUAAAUCAAGACACCCUGAUCAGCUUCCGUAAUUGGCUUGAGGAAGCUAAGGCGGAGGCAUUAAGCGGCGUCCGAGAACACAAAAAAGAGUCUUCUCUGCUAAAACGACUGAGAGGCUUUAAAAACCCGCUGGUGCUGCCCCUGGACUUCCCGGAUGCGCAUGCACGGGAUGCUUAUCUUCAUCCUUUAGUCGAUAGGGACGAUACGGCAUUCCAUUGGUACGAACCGAAGGGAGAAGCUUUACGCCAGUUUGCAAGUUCUAAGUUUUCGUGGACACAAGAGCAAACCGAUAAGUUUCUGAGUCCUGUUCUAAAAGCCGUUAUCCUUCGGAAAAGCCAGAAAGAAAUAAGUGAUUAUAUGAAAAAAUUGCCGCUUUACAAUGAAAUAAGAAGUGUGAGAGUUCGCAGAGCCGUCGAAAAGUCUAAAGGGAGAAUGCCUUAUAAAAAGCAACCCACAAGUUCUCGUCAGAAACCAAAAUAAUUUCACGACCGUCCAACGGCCGAGUGAGACCAGCGAAACGUGCGAGCAUCUGUCUCUCCUUCAAAAAUUUGCACUCUGGGUUUUUUAUUAGCGUUAAAUACAUGGAGCAGGAGUUACUAGUGAAGUAGAUUAGUUUUGCCAAAUAUAGAAAACUUAAAUUGGCGUUUAACAAGUCAGACAUUUUAAUACUAUGUUCCUUUGCAGUUUUGAAAAAUUUUUAACAGAAGUAUUAUUAUUGUCCUUUCAUCGCCUUUUGCAAUAUCUUUUUAAACAAAUAAACUACUCGCCUUUAAACUAA